GCUGCGGUUCCGUCACGGGCCUCGGGAGCUGCGGGACUCGCUACGCUGAGGUGGGCGCUGCCCGCGUGUCUGCGGAAUGCUCUGCCCGCAGGUGGUGCACGCUUUUCCCUUGACAGUUACUUGGUUAAGUAAAUUCUCCUGAGGAUAGCCCUCUGUAUUCUCUAGAGAUGACAGCUGUGGAAGUGCUAGAGGAUGAAUUGCUUUCCAUUGAAAAUGAGCUGCAGGCAGUGGAGAUGCAGAUUCAGGAGCUGCUGGAUAAACAGCAAGAACUCAUUCAAAAGAAGAUGACGUUGAAAAAGCUGAUAAAACAGUCCUCGGGAGAGUCAGCAGCAGGGGGAAGUAAAGAGACCGAAACCUCAGUUGAGGCGUGGAACAAAACAGAUUUUCCAUGGUAUGAGAAGAUAAAAACCGCACUGCAAAACAAGUUUAAACUCCAGAAGUUUAGAUCCUUGCAACUUGAAACAGUAAAUGCUACAAUGGCAGGAAAGGAUAUAUUUCUUGUCAUGCCUACAGGUGGCGGGAAGAGCCUCUGUUAUCAGUUGCCUGCUGUCUGUUCUGAUGGUUUUACACUUGUGAUAUGUCCUUUGAUAUCACUUAUGGAAGAUCAGCUCAUGGUUUUGGAACAGCUUGGCAUUUCUGCAACUUUAUUAAAUGCUUCAAGCAGUAAGGAACAUGUGAAGUGGGUUCAUACGCAGAUGCUAGACAGAAAUUCACAACUGAAGCUCCUUUAUGUGACCCCAGAGAAGAUUGCAAAGAGCAAAAUGUUCAUGUCAAAGCUAGAGAAAGCUUAUCAAGCAGGAUGUCUUGCUCGCAUUGCUGUAGAUGAGGUCCACUGUUGCAGUCAGUGGGGCCAUGACUUCAGACCAGACUACAAAUCCCUUGGUAUCUUGAAAAGACAGUUUCCCCUUGCUCCCUUGAUUGGAUUAACUGCAACUGCUACAAAUCAUGUUUUAAAGGAUGCUCAGAAUAUUUUACACAUUUGGAAAUGCAUUACCUUUACUGCGUCUUUCAACCGGCCUAAUCUUUACUAUGAGGUUCGGCAUAAACCUUCAAAUAAUGAAGAUUUCAUUGAGGACAUUGUUAAGAUCAUUAAUGGAAGAUACAAAGGGCUCUCAGGAAUUGUUUACUGUUUUUCUCAGAAGGACUCUGAACAAGUUACCAUCAGUUUGCAGAAACUAGGAAUAAAGGCAGGAACUUACCAUGCAAACAUGGAUGCUAAAUAUAAGACCAAAGUUCAUAAAGGAUGGGCAGCAAAUCAAAUUCAGGUUGUAGUGGCAACUGUUGCUUUCGGCAUGGGAAUUGAUAAACCUGAUGUGAGGUUUGUAAUUCAUCAUUCAAUGAGCAAGUCAAUGGAGAAUUACUACCAAGAGAGCGGACGUGCAGGUAGGGAUGACCAAAAAGCUGACUGCAUCUUGUAUUAUGGUUUUGGAGAUAUAUUCAGAAUCAGCUCAAUGGUAGUGAUGGAAAAUGUGGGGCAAGAGAAGCUGUAUGAUAUGGUGUCUUACUGCCAGAAUACGAGCAAGUGCCGCCGGGUGCUCAUAGCCCGUCAUUUUGAUGAAGUAUGGGAGUCUGCAAGUUGCAACAGAAUGUGUGAUAACUGCUGUAGAGAAAACUCACUUGAGCAAAAGGAUAUCACAGAAUACUGCAGGGAUCUAAUCAAGAUACUUGAGCAAGCAGAAAACAUGAGUGAGAAGCUCACUCCACUGAAGUUAAUUGAUGCUUGGUCUGGAAAAGGUUUAUCAAAACUCAGGGUGGCUGAAGUAACUCCACCAAAGCUCCCUCGAGAAGAACUGGAGAGAAUUAUUGCCCAUUUACUGCUGCAGCAGUAUCUGAGGGAAGACUUCAGCUUCACGGCAUUUGCUACAAUAUCCUACCUGAAGAUAGGACCAAAAGCAAGUCUGUUGAAAAAUGAGGCACACAUCAUCACAAUACAAGGGACAGCCAGCAAGAAAAGCGUUUACCGGAACAAACCAUCCGAGUCUUCAAAUUCAGAAGGAAGCAGUGAAAAUGCUCAGACUGUUCCAAAGACUACCCAAGAUUCAGCGGUGAAGAAGUCACAAGAACGUAAGCGGCAUAACUGUGGAACUAACUUAAAAGCAAAGAAGCCUAAGCUUCAAGCAGGGGGAGCUGACCAACCUGUAGAACUUGACUGAGUAACACAGACUGCAUUUAGGAUCUCAUUAUGAUGUUUACCUCUCCAUGGACAGUCCAGCAUGUAAGCUCACUUUGUAUUUUAGUAACCGAGUUUUGUAUAUGAUUUUUUUAAAAAUAAUUUAAGUUAGAAAAAGGGAACCAAGUAUCUUUAAAAUCCUCAAAUCUAGCAAAGAUCUUCUGGUCAAGAGAAGAAUGCUUGAUAUCAAAUAACAGGUGUGUAUCUUACAAUACAGUGACAACUAUAAUAUAUAAAUAUUGAUCAUGUUGCCUUUCUUAACUCUUCAGAAAAUGUAGCUGGUAAUAACAACUAUAGUAAAUGUUGCAGAAUCACACAUGUUAGAAGGGGACUUCAGCUUGUCCAACGCAACUUCACUGCUCAAAUUCAGUUCUCUAAGAACAGCGUGCUCUGGGCUACAUCUCACUGAGUUUCGUUGCUCCCCCAGGACAGAGAUAUCACAACCCUUCUCAGCACUUGUUGUGGUGUUUUACCAGCUCAUAACAACGACAAAUAAAAAACAAAAACGGAAAUUUCUUAGAGCUUUUAUUUCCUAUUGUGACUUGUCUCUUGCCUCAUGUCCUACCUCUUACUGUGCUCAAGCUGGACCUCAUACUGUGCUCUACCAGGAGACAGUUAAAGACAAGAUGACAACACUCCCAUGCCAUCCAGCCUUUUUCUUAAUGUGGAACAAAUCCAGUUAUCUUCAAGCCACAAGAAAGUUUAGAAGCAUUUUGCUGGACUCAGUAUAUUGCAUCAGUUUCUUUAACAAGGAAGUCUAAAAAUGAACCCAGAACUCCAGCUAUCGUAUCACAAAGGAUUGUACUGAUCCUCUCUGUUCUGCAGCUACUGUUAAAGAACUACACCCUGUAUUUAUUGGAAGAUUACUGCUUUGUUUCAAAGUUUUUAAGAGCUUCAGUAAGCAUGUAAACUAGAAUGUUCGCUUAGAGAUAAUGACUGAGAAGUCGAAUCAUAGAAUCCAGAAUUGUUUGAGUUGGAAGGGACCCUUUUAAAGUAGUUCAACUCCCCUGCACUGAACAGAGACAGCUCCACCUCAAUCAAGUUGCUCAGAGUCUGUUCCAGCCUGACCUUGAAUGUCUCCAGGGCAAGGACAUCCACCACCUCUCUGAACAACCUGUUGAGUCCUUCACCACCAUUACUGUGGGGGGGGAAGAAUAAAAAACACCAAAAAGCUUCUUCCUUUCAUCUAAUCUAAAUCUCCUGUCUUUUAGUUUGAAACCAUUUCCCCUUGUCCUGUUCCAACAGAUCUUGCUAAAGAGUCUGUCCCUUUUUUUCUUAUAACCCCCCUUUAGAGGCCUUUCGGUAUCUAUCAGUCUCUCCUAAGCCUUCUCUUCCCCAGGCUGAAUAGCCCCAUCUCUUUCUGCCUGACCUCAUGGGGGAGGCAUUCCAUCCCUUGGAUCGUUUUUGUGGCCCCUUCCUCGACAAACCCCUACAGGUUUAUGUUCUGUAAUGAGAACUCCACAUCUAGAAUCAAUAUUGCAGCUGAGGUCUCACCAAUGCAGGGGGGCAGAAUCACUUCCCUCACCCUGCUGGCCAUGAUUCUUAUGAUGCAGCCCAGGAUACAGCUGGCUUUCUGGGCUGUGAGGGCACAUUGCUAGCUCAUGCCCAUCUCAGCAUCUGCCAGAGCCUCCACUCUAUCCUCACAUCCCCCAGCCUGUACUGGUGGCAGAGGUUACCACAACUCAGGUGCAACAGCUUGUAAUUGGAUUUGUUGAACCUCAUGAGGAUCACCUGGGCCCACUGCUUGAGUUUCUCAGAAUGGCAUCCCAUCCCUCAGGCAUGUCAACUGCACCUCACAGCUUGGUGUCAUCUACAAACUUGCUGAGCAUGCACUUGAUGCCCCUGCUGAUGACACUGAGAAGAUGUUAAAAAGAACCAGCCUCAGCACAGACCCCUGCAGGACACCACUCAUCAUCCAGCUCCAUCUGGACACUGAGCCACUGACCACCACUCUCUGGGUACAAUCUCAGAACCAGUUCCUCACCCGUCAAAUUCUUUCCAAGUUGGAAAGAAGGAUGUUUUGGAGGACCUUGUCAAAGGCCUUACUGCAGUCCAGACAGAUGACACCACUGGCUCUUUCCUUGUCCACUGAGUCAGUUACGCCACCAGAAAAAGCCAUAAGGGUGCUCAGGCA